GAUUGGUUCUUCUGUAACUAACCAAAUUCGUUUCUGGCUCUGAAAAAGUCGCCAUAGUCGACGUUUUCAUUUUAGGGAGAGAAAAUCAGAGUUUGUUCUGCUUUGAGAGAGAGAGAGAGAGGAGAGAUAGGAGAGAGAGAAGGUACCAUGAUAACGCGAUCGAAUCUAGCGGAACAGCUGCGGGAUUAUCAGAUUCGAUCCAAGCAUGAUUGGGCCUCUGUCUCCUUCUUCUCCUCUACUUCUUCCAAUAUCACCACUUCCAGGGUGGAUGUGGUGGUCUUUGUAAUAUGGGAACUUGUGAUUUUAGCUUUCUUGGUUUUCUCAGUUGUUUCUUUGUACUUUAAGCACAUCCGGCUUGCUUUCGUAUUAGUCUGCAUCACAGUGCUAUUGCUUUUAUGCAUGAAAAUUACAAAGCAAGUAAGACUAGCAAGGAAAAAGAAACGAAGGAUGCUCCUUCCAUUAUCAAUGUAAAGUGGUUUCAAGUACUGAUCUUUGGCCUAUUUCCUUUUCUCACACCACCUUUUUAUUGGAAUAGGGUCUCGGCCAUUCAUGACCAUUUUCCGUUGGUCGAGCUUCUCAUUCAUCACUGAGUUGUGUAACUUCUGAUUCCGCCUAUAGCAAGGCGACUAAAGAAUAUAAAUGAUACUUUUACUUCUAAACAAGCUAAUCCAGUUGGUUCAUGUUGAUCCUUAUUGGAGGUGGUGUAGCUUAGUUGUGCUAGGAUCUUGUCACGUAUAUCUAUAUAUUUUGCAUUUCUUUUGCUGUUUAUGUUUAUGUAUACGUAGUACAACUGAUGCAAAUUACUAUGAAGUUUUUGACCCUGUUGAUAGAGCGACAAACUUAUAUGUUAAAGUUCAAAUAUAUCAGGCGAAUUCUUGUGUAAA